UCGAAUCCUCCAUGCCUUUCAAUCAAAUCAGAAACACACAAAUUAUCUCUUCCUUGAAUAGAUCAUCUCAUAUUUGACAAUUCAAAGCUUCCUUUCAAUCGCUACAAUGACUGCCUUCAAAAGUCAAAAGUUCUCCGCACUAGGAGAAAUCCCCAUUAUUCUCCCCCCGCCGGGCAGCGGCUACAAGGAUGAAGACAAGCCGAGCGAUGCUGACAUGGGAAAAGAUGACCCAAACACCCGGAGCUACAUCAAUGUCAAUGCGAACAAGAUCCCUUCGAGGUUUCAUGACCGUGUCUUGAAGCUCGAAGAAGCGAUGAAUCUAAUGCAAUCGUGGCUUGACACCCACGCUGGUAUUCAGGUGAAACACCGAAAGGCCGAUGGGACUCUGCCAAGUGAUUCCAGUCCAGAAUCAGGGCUAAAACGCUCUGACUACCGUAAUAAGGUGGUCGACACCAUUCUUAGCGAAGACUGUGCUUGGGUUAUGCACAAUAAUGAAGUCUAUUCCGAGAACCACAUUGACACUUCAAAGACUGAGUUCCACCUCAGCAUGAUCUCGGACAUGCUUGUCGGUCUUCUUGAUGGGAUUACUGGCAUCUCGAAGACCAUCGAAGAUGUGUUUUCUGGCCUUGCUAAUCUGAUCGUCGAGAACAAGAACCAGGUGCAGUCUCGCACUGUCUGGUCACUCUUUCACGUGUUCCUCUAUGAUGAGACCACAGAUGACGUUCGGACAUACUUCCGGAUUAUCAACUACUCGAUCACUGCCGAGAUGGUUGAGUAUGUUUCCAACAAGACGACCCAUCAAGAGGUCAAGAUGGGCUUUAAUUUCCACUUGACUGAUCUUAGUCUGAACGAAAAUGAGUGGGACAGAAUCAAGGAUGAUGUUCAAAGGUUUAUCGAUGAUACCGCUGCCAACCAGGUUGAUCAUCCGAUUGACGGUGAAAUCAGUGUUUAAGCCCGGUUGGCCGUCGUGGCUCGUCGCGGCAUUAGAUCUUAAACUAUUGUCCGUUGAAGAUUAUCGGAGGAUUCGCGUUAUGUGGAUAUCUA